AUGAAGAAAUCGUUCUCAAUUUUACUCUAUACAGUAAUCAUUUUAUGUAUUCCUUUCCCCACCACAAACGCUUUCGUAAAGCUAAUCCCGGUGGGCAGUAAAGUAAACAUUAAUUACAGCAUUAGAACGUUCAACAUUUCCUACAUCUUUCAUCAGCCGACUUCCGUCACUAACCAGUCGCUAGAGUUUCAAAUCGAUAUUAAACGCUCAGUCAAAGAUGUUAAGUUACAACUAGUUUACCACGGUUUGACCAAGAAUGGGACCGUAUCGUCCGUGCUGCUCAAGCGGCAGGUUGAUCUGUGCGCCUUCCUGCGGAAUACCAAAUCGGACCGUUUGCUAAAGAGCGUCUACGAUUACAUUAACGAGCGCAGCAUCAUACCGACGAGAUGUCCGUUUGCCCCGGGAAGGUACUACAUGUGCAACAUUCGGUUUGCUGACGUACCGGUUCCAGCCUUUCUGCCCGAGUCCGACUUCAUUCUCGACAUCGUCUACUACUCGCAGGUACGGUCGGAAACGUUGGUCGAGUUUCGAUUGCGUGGCAGACUGGUACGGAUAGUGCAAAAAGUUUUGCUUUAG